CGAAGCUCCUCUUUGCACGAGACACCGUAGCCCCGAAGCUGGGGCUUCCAAAAGCGACGCGGCGCCUCCGAUUUCCCUCCGGCCCACCUCGCCAGGCUCCCGGGGUGCACGGGGCUGGUCCGGCCUUUCGCCAGCGCUCGGUUCCGUGGUGGAGCAGCUCCGAGACGCGUCCACCCCCCACGCCCAAAUAUUUUAUAAGCUACUUUCAUCAUGGGAGAGAUAGAGCAGAAGCCCACGCCAGGAUCACGACUGGGGGCCCUGGAGAAUUCGGGGAUCAGCACUUUGGAACGAGGACAGAAGCCACCUCCCACACCUUCAGGAAAGCUCAUGACCAUCCAGAUCCAGAUGCUGGAUGACACCCAGGAGGCCUUCGAAGUUCCACAACGCGCUCCAGGGAAGGUCCUGCUCGAUGCCGUCUGCAACCACCUCAACCUCGUGGAAGGCGACUACUUUGGCUUGGAGUUCCCUGACCACAAAAAGAUCACGGUGUGGCUGGAUCUCUUGAAGCCUAUUGUGAAGCAGAUUCGAAGGCCAAAGCAUGUGGUGGUAAAGUUCGUGGUGAAAUUCUUCCCGCCCGACCACACUCAGCUCCAAGAAGAACUGACCAGGUACCUGUUUGCUCUGCAGGUAAAGCAGGACUUGGCUCAAGGCAGGUUGACGUGUAACGACACCAGCACCGCUCUGCUGAUCUCCCACAUCGUACAAUCUGAGAUCGGGGAUUUUGAUGAGGCACUGGACAGAGAGCAUUUAGCAAAAAAUAAAUAUAUACCUCAGCAGGAUGCCCUGGAAGACAAAAUUGUGGAAUUUCACCGGAACCACAUUGGACAGACCCCGGCUGAGUCAGAUUUCCAACUCCUGGAGGUAGCCCGUCGGCUGGAGAUGUACGGGAUCCGCUUACACCCUGCCAAGGACAGGGAAGGUACCAAGAUCAACCUGGCCGUCGCCAACACGGGAAUUCUAGUGUUUCAGGGCUUCACGAGGAUCAAUGCCUUCAACUGGGCCAAGGUGCGGAAGCUGAGCUUCAAGAGGAAGCGCUUUCUUAUCAAGCUCCGCCCCGACGCCAACAGCUCAUACCAGGAUACCUUGGAAUUCCUAAUGGCCAGUCGGGAUUUCUGCAAGUCAUUCUGGAAAAUCUGCGUGGAGUAUCACGCCUUCUUUAGACUCUUUGAAGAGCCCAAGCCCAAGCCCAAGCCUGUUCUCUUUAGCCGAGGGUCGUCGUUUCGUUUUAGUGGUCGGACUCAGAAGCAGGUUCUCGACUACGUUAAAGAAGGGGGACACAAGAAGGUGCAGUUUGAAAGAAAACACAGCAAGAUUCAUUCCAUCAGGAGCCUUGCCACAGAGCCUUCCGCACUGAACUCAGAAGUGCCAAAACAGUCUCCACAGAGCACCAGCCUUACCUUUGGAGAAAGUGCUGAGACCCCUGCCAGCCAAAGCUGCCAGCCAGGGAGGGAGACAAAAACUUCCAGCGUGGUGGCAGGGCCACACCAGAGCCCUGCUGUCUCAAAGACCCCUCCUGGGAGCAAGCCUGUGGACGGAGCCGCCCCCGUGCCACCUGAGGAAGAGGACGACUUGGACGAGGAGGAGGGCGGCAAGGAUCGCGUCCAGCCCAGUCACCCUCAGCCCCCACAGCCAAGCACAGGCUCCCUGACUGGUAGCCCUCACCUUUCAGAGCUGUCCAUCAACUCGCAGGGAGGAGUUACCCCAGCCAACGUGACCCUGUCUCCCAACCUGAGCCCAGACACCAAGCAGGCCUCUCCCCUGAUCAGCCCGUUGCUGAACGACCAAGCGUGUCUAAGGACCGAUGAUGAAGAGGAGGGCCGGAGAAAGAGAUUCCCGACGGACAAGGCGUACUUCAUUGCUAAGGAAGUUUCCACCACCGAGAGAACGCACCUGAAGGAUCUGGAGGUCAUCACCUCGUGGUUUCAGAGCGCAGUCAGCAAAGAGGACUCCAUGCCCGACGCGCUGAAGAGUCUCAUAUUCCCGAAUUUUGAACCUUUGCACAAAUUUCACACCAAUUUUCUCAAGGAGAUUGAGCAACGACUCGCCCUGUGGGAAGGCCGCUCUAACGCCCACAUCAGAGGAGAUUACCAAAGAAUCGGCGACAUCAUGCUAAAGAACGUGCAAGGCAUGAAGCACCUGGCGGGCCACCUGUGGAAGCACAGCGAGGCCUUGGAGGCCCUGGAGAGCUCCAUCAAGGGCUCGCGGAGGCUGGAACACUUCUGCCGCGACUUUGAGCUCCAGAAGGUCUGUUACCUGCCGCUCAACACCUUCCUCCUGCGCCCGCUGCACCGACUCAUGCACUACAAGCAGGUCCUGGAGCGGCUGUGCAAGUACCACCCGCCCAGCCACGCCGACUUCAGGGACUGCAGAGCCGCGUUGGCGGAGAUCACGGAGAUGGUGGCGCAGCUGCACGGUACGAUGAUCAAGAUGGAAAACUUCCAGAAGCUGCACGAGCUCAAGAAAGAUUUGAUUGGCAUUGACAAUCUUGUGAUCCCAGGAAGAGAGUUCAUCCGCCUGGGCAGCCUCAGCAAGCUCUCGGGGAAGGGGCUCCAGCAGCGCAUGUUCUUCCUGUUCAAUGACGUGCUGCUCUACACCAGCCGGGGGCUGACAGCUUCAAACCAGUUCAAAGUCCACGGGCAGCUCCCACUCUGUGGAAUGACGAUUGAGGAGAGCGAGGAUGAGUGGGGAGUGCCCCACUGCCUGACCCUCCGUGGCCAGCGGCAGUCCAUCAUCGUGGCUGCCAGCUCCCAGGCAGAGAUGGAAAAGUGGAUCGAGGACAUCCAGAUGGCCAUCGACCUGGCAGAGAAAAGCAGUGGACCCACACCCGAGUUCCUGGCCAGCAGCCCGCCCGACAACAAGCCCCCCAACGAGGCCAUGGCAGCUGACCAGGAGUCAGAGGACGACCUGAGCGCCUCACGCACGUCGCUGGAGCGCCAGACCCCUCACCGCGGCAACACGAUGGUACACGUGUGCUGGCAUCGGAACACCAGUGUCUCCAUGGUGGACUUCAGCAUCGCUGUGGAGAACCAGCUGUCUGGGAACCUGCUGAGGAAAUUCAAAAACAGCAAUGGCUGGCAGAAGCUAUGGGUGGUGUUCACAAACUUCUGCCUGUUCUUCUACAAGUCUCACCAGGACAAUCACCCCCUCGCCAGCCUGCCUUUGUUGGGGUACUCGCUCACCAUCCCCCUGGAGUCUGAGAACAUCCACAAGGACUUCGUGUUCAAGCUGCAUUUCAAGUCGCACGUGUACUACUUCAGGGCUGAAAGCGAAUACACGUUUGAAAGGUGGAUGGAAGUGAUCCGAAGUGCCACCAGCUCAGCCUCUCGGGCCAACAGUCUGAGUCACAAGGAACCUCACACGUACUGAUGUCCGGACACGCGCCCCCGGCGGUCGGCGCUGUGGCUGCUUUCUGGAAGAUCCUGACCUUCUGUACAGUGAAGCCGCGCAGAGCCGACGCCGGCCUGAGCACGGCGGGGUUCCGCAGAGCCCCCUCGACCCCCCUCCCUCCACAGGCACCCUUCCCCACCCCCUCUUCCCUGGCUCCUCUGGGUGGAACGGACGGACAGCCUUCCCACCUCCAGGCCCGGGGGGGGGGGCCUUCAUCUUGUCAUGCUCCCGGGGGGCUCUCUAGCUUGUGCCAGUAUUGCAACGUCAUCAUUCAGAGUGCCAAAUAACAGCCUCCCCGCCCCCCACAACCGCACCCGGGGGACAGUGCACGCACGUCCGUUCACCUGAAGACAGGGCAAGUGCUCUUCUGUUUCUUCGAGAAGGACUUUUCUUACCUUCGUCUGCUGCCCGGCUGCCGUUUUACACAAUGGACUUUCCAGGUGCGCAGCAGCGCACGCAGUCUUAAGCGAACGAGAUCACUUUGCAGAUUUCAUGUUUUUGUUUUUCAAUCUUUCUACUUUUGUAAUAGGAUGUUCGUAGGACUCGCUUCCCUUGACUAUUCAGCAGCAGCACACUCCGUUCCGCCGAGGGGUUUCUCUCGGGUGACACACACGGUCACCGGACGACCUUCCUGGGCGGGUGUUGACCAAAUGGGCGAUUCCUCCUCACGAACUGUAGUGGGGUUGGUUGUUUUCUGUUGAGCAGAAAUCCAGUGCAAUACCUGGACCGUCGCUGUUCUGUUGUGUGUGGUGUGUACAGUGGGAGGCUCUUAAGCCGUGGUGUUUAGCUGUGUCCCAAGCAUGAGAAGCUGUGUGUCGUUGACUGGGGCCGUUUUGUGCUGUUCCGUUAUGGGGCGUGGCGUGAGCUCUGGUGCUGCAGAAGCACGGUCCGGUACGUAGUCCUGACCCCGUGAUUGGACCCACUGUGUGCAUCCUCUAGUAGUUCUCUAUCAUGCCUGUCUUCAGAACCAGUCUUUUUUUUAUACCCCCUCCCCCCCCCACCCGGGCAGGAUGACAGUACACAUCCUGAACAGCCUCCUCUGGGAACCUGGUUGCCACCCACCACCUGGGCCCCCAAGUGGAAAAGCGCUUGCCUCUGGCGACCAGGUGGCUGCCAUUCCCUUCCUGUUACAAUGCAAUGGCCAAUUCAGCACAAUCUCCUCCCCGCGGGGGGAAGCCUACCUGAGAAGCCGGGACCCGCCACCACGAGCAAGGAAGCUAUGGCUGGUGUUCACGACUCAAAAUGGAGCGAGGAGCUUGAAAUGUGUUAAUCAUUUGCCUUAUAAUCUGUACCAGAUGGUUCUAAUACUAACAAAAGGGAAUAAAAUACCUCACGCCACAAUCCAGCAUAUAUUGACGUUUGAAGGCAAAAACCACAA